AUGACUAGAUGCAAUGAAAACGAGUAUGAUUUCUUGUUUAAAAUAAUCCUAAUAGGAGAUUCUGGAGUUGGUAAAACAAAUAUUUUGUAAAGGUUCGUAAAAAAUGAAUUUAUCUUAGACUCCAAACCCACAAUUGGAGUUGAAUUUUCAACAAAGACAAUUAAUGUUGAAAAUAAAAGUGUGAAAUGCUAGAUUUGGGAUACUGCUGGAUAAGAAAGAUAUCGAGCAAUAACAAAUGCCUAUUAUAGAGGAGCAGUGGGAGCUUUCGUUUGUUAUGAUAUUACAAGAGAAAUAACUUUUACAAACAUAGAAAAAUGGCUUAGUGAAAUAAAAGAGUAUGCUCCAAAAAAUAUUGUAAUCAUGAUGAUUGGAAAUAAAAUAGACUAAGCAAAUGAUAGAAUGGUUAGAAGUGUAGAAGCAGCUAAACUCUGUUAAUAAAAUAAAAUUGGGUAUAUUGAAACUUCAGCAUAAAAUGGCUUAAAUGUAGAAGAGGCCUUCUCCAACUUAGUUAGUGAAAUUUUUAGUUCAAUGUCCUCCAAGUAGUAAAAAAAUGUUAAACAAUUACAAGGAGAUAAUUUAACUUUAGAUGAUGAUUUACCAAGCAAAUCAAUAACAAAAAAAACAAAUUGUAGAAAAGAAAAAGAAAAUUGCUGUUAAUGA